AUGAGAUUGUCGCUGCCAAGAAUUAUUCCAGCUUUAAAAAACGGUGCUAUAUUAUUUCGGGGGAAGCCCUUGACAAUAAACAAAAGCUUACAUAAUCAUUCUACCGUAGUUUUAGGUGGGAAACCUCAUAUUUUUUCCAAAGCACAUCUUUAUUGUUCACCAACUUUCACUCAAGUAAAGGGAUUACACCAAAACCACUAUAACAUGUCGUCAACUCAAGGUAAACCAAUUACAUGUACUGCAGCCGUUGCCUACGCAGCCGGCAAGCCCUUAACUGUCGAGCAAAUUGUUGUGGAUCCACCUAAAGCUCACGAAGUUCGUAUUAAAAUUGAAUACACUGCUGUUUGUCAUACUGACGCAUAUACUUUGUCUGGUAUCGACCCAGAAGGUGCAUUUCCUAGUAUUUUGGGCCAUGAAGGGUCAGGCAUUGUUGAAAGUGUAGGUGAAGGUGUCACUAACGUUAAAGUCGGUGACCAUGUCAUUGCUUUAUACACUGCUGAAUGUGGAAAGUGUAAGUUCUGUAAAUCUGGAAAGACAAAUCUUUGUGGCUCUGUGAGAGCUACUCAAGGUAAAGGUGUUAUGCCAGAUGGAACGUCAAGAUUCCACAACCAAAAAGGUGAACCAUUAUUACAUUUUAUGGGUUGUUCUACCUUCUCUCAAUAUACUGUUGUUGCUGAUGUUUCCGUCGUUGCAGUGGAUCCAAAGGCCCCAUUAGAUAGUAUCAGUUUAUUGGGUUGUGGUGUCACUACCGGUUAUGGUGCUGCCAUUAAGACAGCUAACGUGCAAAAGGGUGAUACUGUUGCUGUCUUUGGUGCUGGUACAGUUGGGUUAUCUGUUGUUCAAGGUGCUAAAUCUAGAGGUGCCUCAAAAAUCAUUGUUGUGGACAUCAACAACGACAAGAAGCAAUGGUCUUUUGACUUCGGCGCUACUGAUUUUGUUAAUCCAAAAGAAGAUUUGAAAGAAGGUGAGACUAUUGUUCAAAAGUUAAUUGAAAUGACUGAUGGUGGGUUAGAAUAUACUUUUGACUGUACUGGUAACGUGAAGGUGAUGAGAGAUGCUUUAGAAGCUUGUCAUAAGGGUUGGGGUGAAUCUAUUAUUAUCGGUGUUGCUGGUGCCGGUGAAGAAAUUUCUACAAGACCAUUCCAAUUAGUUACUGGUAGAGUAUGGAAGGGUUCUGCAUUCGGAGGUAUUAAAGGUAGAUCUGAAAUGGGCGGUCUAAUUGAAGAUUAUCAAAAUGGUAAGUUAAAGGUUGAUGAAUUCAUUACUCAUAGGAGACCAUUCACCGAAAUUAACGACGCAUUUGAAGACUUGCAUCAUGGUGAUUGUUUAAGAACGGUUCUAGAUUUAGCUAAAUAA